AUGCGCCCGCACGACCCCGAGCAGGCCUGCGCCGGGGAAGGCCCCGGUUCCGCGGAUCCAGACGCAGGUGCCCCUGCACCCCAGCCCGAAGCCAGCCCCGAUCCAGAGCCCUCGGCCGAGACCGACCCCGCUCCGGCGCAGGAAGCCGGGGCUGGACCCGCAGCCGGAGCAGCCUCCGAGUCCCGACCCAGGUCGAGACCCCCGGCCGGUGCUCGCCCGGCCUCCGAGGCGGGAGCCCCGCGCGCGUCCUCAUUCUCGGCCAUCCAGGGGGAUGUCCAGUCCGUGCCCGGACACUCGGACGCGCCGUGGACCCGCUUCAUAUUCCAAGGGUCCUUUGGUGCCGGGUCUGCCGGCCUGGGGACUGAGAAGGCGGCGGGCAUCUGGAAGACGCCAGCUGCCUAUAUCGGCCGGCGGCCCGGGGUGUCCGGCCCCCAGCGCGCCGCCUUCGUUCGGGAGCUGGAGGAAGUGCUGUGUUCUGACCGACCCCCACCACUUAAGAAGAUCACCCAGGAAGAUGUCGAAGUGAUGUUAACUUUGCUGGAGGAGAGAGAGCGGGACCUGAGUACAGCGGCUCGCAUUGGCCAGUCCCUGGUGAAACAGAACAGUGCUCUGAUGGAGGAGAACAGCAAGCUGGAAGCCAUGCUGGGCUCAGCCAGGAAGGAGAUUUUACACCUCAGACACCAGGUGAGCUUGCGGGAUGACCUCCUUCAGCUCUACUCAGACUCUGAUGAUGAGGAAGAAGAGGAGGAGGAAGAAGAGGAGGACGAAGAAGAGGAGGAGGAGGAAGAGGAAGAGGAGGGAGAGGAAGAGCAGCAGUGUGAUUAUUCCCAUGACACCCCCAAGCCGAUUCCUCUGAAGGAGUCGCAGCACCACUGCCCACAGCUGGAAGCCUUGCAGCAGAAGCUGAGGCUGUUGGAGGAGGAGAAUAAUCAGCUGAGAGAGGAGGCCACCCAGCUCGACAACCUGGAGGAGGAGGAGCAGAUGCUUAUUCUGGAAUGUGUGGAGCAGUUUUCGGAGGCCAGCCAGCAGAUGGCUGAGCUGUCGGAGGUGCUGGCGCUCAGAAUGGAGAACCAUGACCGGCAGCAGAGGGAGGUCAGCCAGCUGCGGGCCCAGGUUGUGAAGCUGCAGCAGCGCUGCCAGUCGUAUGGGGCCGAGACUGAGGAGUUGCAACAGCAGCUGGCAUCAGAGAAGGAAAUCCAGAUGCAGCUCCAGGAAGAGCUGCAGGACCUGCGGGAGAAGUACAUGGAGUGUGGGGGCAUGCUGAUUGAGGCCCAGGAGGAGGUGAAGACCCUCCGCCAGCAAGCGCAGGUGUCCACUGGCUCUGUCGUCCACUCCACGUACACCAUGCCUCUGGACGCACUCCCUGGAUUCCAGGAGGCCCUGGCUGAGGAGCUCAGAACAUCUAUAAGGAGGAUUGUAUCGGACCCCUUGUUUUUUAUGGAAAGGAAUUAUGAAAGAAUGGCGAGGAAGACUUCAAACCUGGGAUACGAGCAAUGCUACCGCGAGGAACGACAGCAGCAGCAACAGAGGUUCGAGGCUACGGAGGGCCAGACGCCUGCAGAGGAUUUUGUGCCGGCGGAAGAUUUUGUGCAUGGAGAGGAACCAGUGCCUGAGGAGGAGCUGAGGGCCACGGAGGAGGUGGUGCCAGCCGAGGAGGGGGUGGUGGACGAGGAGGAGCUGGAGGCGGAGGAGGCUGAGGCCUGGGAGGAGGUGGAGCCGGAGCUGGAUGAGGCAACGCGGUCGAACGUGGUCUCCUCGGCCGUGGAGGCCAGCGGCUUGGGCCCUUCACACCUGGACAUGAAGUAUGUCCUCCAGCAGCUGGCCAGCUGGCAGGACGCCCAUUGCAGGCGGCAGCUGAGGCAGAAGAUGCUCCAGAAAGGUGAGUGCUCCCGUGGGGGCCUCCCUCCGGCCAGCCAGUCAAGCUGCAGACCAUCAAGCCGAUGAAAGGUGAGGGUAGGUGAGCCCCCCAAGUGCUCACUUACCCCAGCCUGGCCCCACCCAGUAUGCUGAUUUGCAUGGACUUUGCACAUCAUUUGUAUAGGCCCCUCAGGGCCCCCUCAGCAGAAACUGUGGCCUCAAUGCUCAUUUACAUGGAAUUUGCGUAGAAGUCCAGCUCUCCACCCCCUUUUCUCCUGGGGGCUGGGCUGGGGGUCAGGGCUGGGACUGCAGCCCCCCACUGCGCCUCA